AUGAGUUCUAAUAAAACUUUUUCACUUUUGAUUCUAUUCUCUCUUCUACUUUUGUUGAUCUUUGAUUCAGCUGCUCUCACAGCUUUGAAGUCUUGUCCAAGCGAUUGUGGAGCAAUUGAGAUACUCUACCCAUUCGGUAUCGGAAAAGGCUGCUAUCUUGAGAAAUGGUACGAAAUUAAUUGUACCUCUGUUUCAGGGAAGCUCGUCCCUUUUCUUUCCGUAGUUAGCAAGGAAGUUGUGAAAAUCUCUCUUCCGGGUGAAUUCAGUUGGGGUUCCGCUCCCCUCUCGUACGGGUCAGUUCGCAUAAAAAAACCCGAUAACUUCCCAAGGAUGCUCAAGAGUCUAGAUCACUCUUGA